GUUCAAUUACUGCCGCGGAGCAAAUCAGAAUGGCUCUGCCAUGCGGAGAGCUGGCUUGAAGACGCCAGUGGAGGCGCGGAAUUCCCCUGGUGGUGCCUGUAUCAAGUUCCUACCCACUGGAAGCAGAAGGCCAGGGCAGGGCUUUGACGGUUUGCUCGAAGGAGGCUUGGAGAUCCUCGUGGAUGAAGCGACGCUCGAAAGGUCGGCUCGAAUAAGGGUCCGACGAUGUGCAUAUGGCUGGCGCAAGAAACCUCGAGAGAGCCAUCAGCUGAGGACUCUGGUAGGACAGCAGAAUUUGAGAUCACACGAACGAACGCAUGUUCAAAGAUGAAAGAAGACAGCAAAAGAAUGAUAAGAAUGGAUGCUACUAGGGGCUCC